GGGGAGGUGGGGCGGGAAGGUGAACGGAACGAAGCUCUGCGCGGGCUUGCGAGCAAACCAAAGAAACUACGGCGCUUUGACUUGGCCACAGGUUGCUGUAUAGGGGUAUGGGGUCGUUCCGUAGAGGGGCCAGCCUGGGCUGCGGGCUGGAGAACAGACACUUCCGCCGUUAUCUGAGAAUGCCGCUGAUCGUGAGCAUCAUUCGUAUUGGAAAGCGGGCGCGAAGGUGAGCGCGUAAUGGGCCGGGAUUCUCGGCGCUCAGCGAUGGAUUCAGAGGCGCGGGAUGACGGGAUGGUGCUGAGUCUAGGGCGCAGGUCCCCGUCGUCAACGCGCGAAAGCCGGUCUUCAACCUCUCCGUAACUUGGAUUUCGAGCGUGCGACGCGGCGCGCUGGGAGGCUGGUUCGACCUCCGCUGAGCGGGAGCGACGCUUGAGCACGUUGCGCUGCUGGGCCGAUGCGGACGGCGAGCGACUUCGGAGGCGGGCGCGCAGAGAACCGUAGAACUGGAACACGCGAGAGCCACGCGUGAGGCCCGUCGCAGGACCUGCUGGGGGAAGCGGACGACUUGCCUUGGAUGCGGACGACGACUUGGGCUGGUCGACCAUCUCGAUGGCGGAGUCUCCGACGUCCAUGUCCUCAUGGGUCGAUGGCCGCUCUGAUGCAUACUCUGACGAAAACACACUUUCUUCCGGAGAGGACCCAGCCGGUAGCAGAGAUUCCUCGGUGGGUGUUUGCGGUGUCGCCCGUUGUAUCGAGCGAGUGUGGAUGAGGGACGGGAGCUCUUGGGAGAGCUGCUUGAAGAUGCCCCUUGCGCGAGGCCCGGACGCAGAUGGUGACCGCACGGCCAGGUGCGAGUGGACGGAAGGCGACCGACUGAAUUGGGAACGAGAUCGCGUGGAGGCCACGACGGACGCCGUGCUCGUUGAUGCGGAGGCGCCUGGCAAAUCCUCUGUCGUCGCUGCCAUUGUCGCUCAAUGGACUUGCAGACCACUCCCUUCGUCCACUCGUCGUCUUGGGUGGCCGCAAACAUCUUUCGAAACCAGUCGAUCACCGUUUCUCAUCAACAUUCCCACGGUCGGUGCGUGUACACGACGCCGAAUACGAUGGCUUUGAACGUCGCCGCCAGCCUGGACAACUCGCCCUGAGGCCUGCAGGCGUGGCGGCGGCGACGCACGACAGCGGCACGACCGAAACGAAUGAGUGGCUGUGUUUGGCGAUCACUUGAGAGGAACGGGCACUGGGCUGCUGGCGGCUAUGUCUCUCCUACACUCUUUGAGCUAUGCUGCCGCGAUCCUCGCAUUCUGCUUUGUAGUGCUUUCGCUGGCUAGCGGCCUUCUCUGGGUAUCCGAACUAAUAGAAGAACAUACCAGGACAGCGAAGACUGUGGGAAAGCGGGGGAUUUAUAUCAUUAUACUUCUCCAUGUUCUCCUUUACGUCUCUGACUCCUUGCCGUUACCCCAGACACUCUUCUCCGUCGCCUGCCAUGUCGUCUAUCUACAAAAUUUCUCUUCGACCUGGCCUCUCAUUUCGCUCUCCUCCCCAUCCUUCCUCGCCUCUUGCGUGCUCGUGGUAGCAGACCACUUCCUGUGGUUCUUCUACUUCGCUCGUAUCACGCAAGACGCAAGACACAGACGGCACGGCAGGACUUCCGUCGGCUCAAAAUCCGUACCAGGGUUUGCGGACAUUGCGACGUUCUUCGGGAUAUGCGUUUGGCUCGCGCCGCUCUUCCUGUUCUUGAGCCUCAGUGCAAACGACAACGCGCUGCCAACACAGUCAGGCGGAGCGGCCCCCUCCUCACCCUCCACCCCCGUACACACUCGUCCGCGAGGAUCGCUCUUCAAAUCUCUCCUCAAGCUCCGCCCCUCGGGGAGCGACGGUAUCAUCGCGCCGCACAGCCCGAUGCCGACCACCCCGACCCGAUCCUCGAGCUUCAGCAGCUUGAACAUCCACGCGCUCAACAAUCAGCCCUCGAGCCCGAUACUGCGAUCAACUAGUCCGCAUGCAUACGGCGGGCGCACGUCAAUCGACGACGUAGGCGAUUCGCGGUUCAUGCUCAGCCCGCCGCCACGGCGGGGAUCGAGUCCAGGCCCUCCGUCGUCCAUGGCUGGUGUGACUACACCUACACCUCGACGAACGAAUGUAGGCCUCGGCCUCCGGCGCUUGCCCAGUUCUGCGAAUACGGCGACCGUAGACGGCCUUGUGUCGCGUUAGCACGGUUUCCGCAUGUGUACAUUGCAUGCUUGCGUUAAUGAUCCAAUGAGUUGAAUGUUUCGG